CACAUGUGUUCGUUUAUUUAAGGUUAUGUCGAUGUUUUGAUUUCUGGAAAUCAGUCUUGUAUUUUAACCGGUUAUAUUUAGUUUCAAUUUAUGACGACAUCAGAUUUCUGAUACGCAGGUCAAAUGUCGCUAAAUUGACACGCAAUACGACAGAAGCUCGUUUGUUUUUAUGUGACCUCGCUCCAAAGUAAAUCAUUCACGACAGCUUCAUUUUUUGUGUUGUAUUGGUCUAUUAAUGAGUGCAUUGCGCUGCGAGCGUAGAUAUAAAACGUUGACCGGUAGCUUCUUUGACUUGGCCGAUGUUUAGCGUCGGUCUUCGUCGUAGUUUAGGACAAUUAGUGAUUAAAAGGUUUCCCACCAGGAUGUUUUCCAAGAAACAGUGUUAUGAGGACGCUGUGCAAAAGCUGAACUCUCUCCAGUCAAAUAGAGCAAUUUUGGAACAAAUAAGAAGAAAUAUUAAAACUGGACAAAGAUGCACAAAUUUAGAAGAUAUGAAGAACUACCUCAGGAGGACUGGUGUGUCUCUGUCAAAGUUGGAUGAACUGUCUGUGAUACAUGUAGCAGGGACUAAAGGUAAGGGUUCGACGUGCGCGAUGUGUGAAUCUAUUCUGCGCCACCAUGGGUUCCGUACAGGUUUCUACUCAUCGCCGCACCUGGUCGCGGUCCGCGAGAGGGUGCGACUCGACGGCCGGGUCGUCAGCGAGGAGAAGUUUGCUGAACACUUUCACAGGGUUUAUGAUAUGUUGGAUGCCACGAAGGCUUACGAAGGAGACAUGCCCGGUUAUUUCGCUUUCUUAACCGUAAUGGCCGUCAACACGUUCCUCUGGGAGAAAGUUGAUGUGGCCAUAAUAGAAGUAGGCAUCGGAGGCAUUGUGGACUACACAAAUAUACUUAGAAAGGUGCCAGUGGUUGGUAUAACGGCGCUAGGCAUUGACCACACGGCCCUGCUCGGGGACACGUUGCCGCAGAUAGCGGCGGCAAAGGCCGGCAUCAUGAAGCCUGGCUGUGUCGCGUACACGGUCAGCCAGCCGCCGGAAGCCAUGGACGUGCUGCGGCAGGUCGCCAGUGAUACUAAGUGUCCACUAUACGUGGCGCCCGAUUACGAUGCGUACAAAUUUCCGAACGGUUUCAAAGACCAUCUCCAAGUGAAUAUCCCAGCAUACCAGGCCAACGCAUCGCUCGCCAUACAAUUGGCCAAUGCGUGGAUGCGACACAAACGACAGAUCAAUUCAUAUUUAAAUAAAAAGAAAAUAAAACCUAAUAGUAAUAAAACGUUGUUAAUAGAACAAAAUAAAGGUGUUGCCAGUAAUGGGUUGGUACUGAAUGUGCCAUUUGCCGCAGCAGCAGGACUUCAGGAUUGCAGGUGGGCGGGUCGAUACCAAACGGUAGAAGCGCAUUAUGCUAUGUUCCACUUAGACGGAGCGCACACCAAAGAAUCCAUGGAAAUCUGUUCAGCUUGGUUCCAAGAGUGUGUUAGUUACGACGAUAAAGUGCUAAUAUUUAGCUCGACGGGUGAUCGAAACUCCGAUAUGUUACUACGACCGUUGAGAGGGAUCAACUUCAAGCGAGUUUACUUCGUCAUACCAACAGCUUACAAGGUGACAAGUAAGAACGAUGACAAUUACUCGUUGGCCACUCAGAGCGAACAGCUGGCGAGGUGUCACGCGAACGCCAAGAUUUGGAAACAGUACAACAGCAGCUCACAGGUAACCGUCUUCGAAUGCGUCGCUGACGCGUUGGCGAGUAUCAAGAAGGAUAACGACGGAUUGUUCAAAUCGUCUGUACUGAUUACAGGCUCUCUGCAUUUGGUAGGUGCUGCGCUGUCCAUAUUAGAUCCCAGUUUGAGUACUAUGUCGACUCCUAUAAUUAGUAGGUCCGAUGUAAAAUUGUCUAUUGGUGGGAUUUAGUUAAGGCUUUUUACUACACUUUUGUUGGAUUCGUUUUAAGUUCAAAUUAAGAUAAAGUAAUUAUAUUUAAAUAUUGAAUUUGCUACUAAGAGGUGUUAUUUUUUUUUUGUAUUUUUUUUUUAUAUAGAUAGUUUUUUUUUUUAUAUAUUUUUAUGACAUUGAAUCAUCGGAAAAAAAAGUUAAAAUAUUCCAAUUUAUAUUCUUUUUUUAAAAAUGACAGUAUUAAAAGAUUACUUGAGUAUAAUCCAGUGGCAAUUGUAUUGUGCAAACAUUAACACCGUAGCCUUUCGAUUGUCCUAAGAUAUUAUUAGUGGAAUGAAUUGGACAUACAUCUAUUAUAAUAUGGUUACUUAACAAGAACAUAUAGAAAUUGUUAUGUGAAUAUUAAUAAGUAUCGAGACAUUACCUACCAAGCCCACAGUACCAACUCCUUCCGUUAGACCGCAUUCAAAGUCGGGCGGUUCGAAUUAUUGAUAGUCAACGCCUUACUGUCCGACUCGACCCACUGAAACUGCGCAGAGAUGUUGCAACUCUGUGCAUCUUCUACCGAAUUUAUCAUGGGGAGUGUUCUGAGGAAUUGUUCGGAUUCAUACCUGCUGCUGAAUUUCAUCACCGUACAACCCACCGCAAACUAAAGUUUCAUCCCAACCAUCUGGACGAGUGGCGAUCCUCCAACCGUGCGUUUUUCAAGGUACUUUCUUCCACGCACAGCCAUUCUUUGGAAUCAACUUCCAGCAGCAGUAUUUCCGAACCGAUACGACAACGUAACCUUCAAGAAAAGAGUAUAUUCCUUUUUAAAAUGCCGGCAGCACACCUGCGUUGCCUUUGGUGUUGUGGGUGAUCAUGGGCGGCGGUAGUUACUUACUAUCAGGUGAGCCGCGUGCUCGUAUGACCCUUGUUUUAUAAAAAAAAAAUUCUCUUUAGAGAAAAAAACGUUUUACGUUAAUUAAACACCGGGUUCGAUUUCCAGUCAGACCAAUUUAGAAAAAGAACUUUUCUUAAUUUGUUCAAGUCUAGGCGCUCUGGGUUGCGGGUUCUUGGUUCUUUAUAACAUACCCUGAUCCUAACUUCACAACUAGGCCAAUAGUGAUUGUUGGCACUUUAAAAAAAAUGCCAGUAACUAAAUAAGUAGUCUUAAAGUUGAUGUAAAAUAAUAUAGUUCCUAUGUGAUAUAUA